AUGGCCAACAGUAACCCCCCGAAAAACCCCCGCGCAUGGGAAGCUCUAACUCCGCCGCUAUCACAAUGGAUCCUCGACGCUGUUUCGGCCAUGGGCUUCAGUCGCAUGACUCCAGUACAGGCAUCGGUCAUUCCUCUGUUUAUGGGGAACAAGGACGUUGUCGUGGAAGCUGUGACGGGGAGUGGGAAGACGAUGUCCUUCCUGAUACCUGUCGUUGAGAAGCUAUUACGGCUAGAUGCUCCGGUGAAGAAGCACCAUGUUGGAGCUAUAAUAGUGUCGCCUACUCGAGAACUGGCAGAACAAAUUUAUACCGUGCUCCUCUCUCUCCUUGCUUUCCAUGGACCCUCGGCGUCGAAACUUGCUCAGGUUGAUGGCAAAGAACCAGAGUUAGACCCCGAAACGGGCAAGCCAUACCGCUCAUCAGCACUUAAAGUGCUUCCCCAGCUGCUGCUUGGAGGCACCACAACACCAGCGCAAGAUCUCAGUGUCUUCCUAAACCGUUCCCCGAACCUCCUCAUUUCGACGCCCGGAAGGCUGCUGGAACUUCUCUCCUCGCCACACGUCCAUUGCCCACAGUCCUCGUUUGAAGUGCUAGUUCUUGAUGAGGCGGAUCGGCUUCUAGAUCUAGGGUUCAAGGAUGACCUACAGAAGAUCCUUGGAAGGCUGCCAAAACAGCGUCGAACCGGUCUAUUUAGCGCCAGUGUCAGCGAAGCUGUUGACCAAAUCGUACGUGUCGGACUGCGGAAUCCCAUUAAGAUUGCUGUUAAGGUCCGUGGAGCCGGCGCAGAAGACAAACGGACACCAGCUAGCCUCCAAAUGACCUACCUCACAACACGCCCUUCUCAUCGUAUUCCCGCCCUAUCCAAGCUGCUCUCAUCCAUCUCCCCAGCUCCCCAAAAGUCAAUCAUCUAUUUCUCCACCUGUGCCGCAGUAGACUACUUUAGCAUAAUCCUCCCUUCCCUCUUACCAUCUACAUUCACAACCGUGCCACUACAUGGCAAACACCCGUCCAGCGUCCGCCAACGUAAUUUCACCCGAUUCACCCAAUCCGUGGCCGCAACCAUCCUCCUAACCACUGAUGUCGCGGCUCGAGGACUCGAUAUCCCCCUCGUCGACCUCGUGGUGCAACUCGACCCACCCGCAGAUCCAAAAGUUUAUAUCCACAGAUGCGGACGGGCCGGUCGUGCAGGCCGCCGCGGCCUAAGCGUCCUCUUCCUCACAUCAGGCAGAGAAGAAGACUACGUACCCUUUCUAGCUGUGCGGAAAACGCCAGCUACGCUCUUCUCAACUCCACCUAUUACGACGACAGAUGCAGAAGCACAGAAUGUAACAGAUACAAUUCGUCGUGCAGUACUCGCUGAUAGGGCGGUGCAUGAUAAAGCACAGCGUGCUUUUGUCAGCUGGGUGCGCAGCUAUAGCAAACAUCAGACCAGCAGUAUCUUCCGAGUUGCGGAUAUUGACUGGGAAGACACAGGCCGGUCGUGGGGGUUACUUAACCUUCCUAAAAUGCCGGAACUAAAAGAUUUCAAGGGGGAUAAGAUGCUUGGACUCGGCUCUGGGGGCGUGGACUGGGAUUCCUUUGCAUAUAGUGAUAAGCAGAAGGAGAAGAGCAGGUUAGCUGCUCUAGCUGAGGCAAAAGAAAAGGGGGAAGCUACUCGGGCAUCGCGAAAACGGCCUGCUGCAGCUGGGGAGAGCGGUACGGUGGCUUGGAGCAAGAAACUGGAUAAGAAAGGUGAGAAAGAGAGGAAGCGGGAGAGCAAACGGGUUAAGAGGGAGCAGGCUAUGAUCGAGGCCAUGACUGAAGAGGAGAAGGCAGAGUUACGACGUACAAACGAGAUGGUGGAGAAGAUUAGAAAAGCGAAUAUAGAGACGCGGAAGAAGAAUUUGGCGGCCGCGAAAGAGAAAUCGUCGGAUUCGGUGGAUGACGACGAGCCAUUUGAAGGAUUCGAUUAA